AUGAAUAAUCCAGACACAAGCACACGCAUAAGCACAAGCGAUAGAAACAGUUCAAGAAAUAAUAGUGAUAAUUCAGAAGUAAGUAGACCAAUACAGUCAGUUGAACAAUCAGAUAAUACACAACAGAAUGCCCAUACGGAAAGUAUAUUCGGGUACACUGUUCCUACAGCAAUUAGAAAUGAAUGCGAGGAUAUUAAACUUGAAGAGGACUUUAAAGUAGUUAUGAAGAUUGACCAUGAUGCAGUUUAUACUGAGUUAUGCAAGUAUGCAAAUGAGUUUAACAGUGCUCGUAAAAAAAAGCCAUCUAAGAACAAACUAAAGAAUGCGUAUAAGAAAAUACUGCGUAAGAACAUAAAGUAUGACGUAUGCGGAAUAAAUGAUGCAGCAUAUAAAAAUCUAAUUAUAGAAAUGACAUCUCUAUUAUUAGACAACUGCAUAGAGAAUUGCACUUCUGAAAAAAAGACAUUUAUGGUGAAGAUUAAUAAAAACUAUGGAAAGUCAGAAACUGAUGAAGUUCAGAAGGAAAUAUUGGUAUCUAAUGAAACAUUACUAGACCAGAUGAAAUUUGUAUUACUGAGAGUUAACCAAUGGUAUACUUAUAUGUUAUCACAUCCGAAUAUUAAAAGACAUGACUACUUUACAUAUGCAUCAAUGUUAAUAAAUGAAAGGAUAUUCACUAGCUCUAAGCUAAAAACAAUGCUGAAUGGUAUUAUGAAAACAUUUGAAGCUCAUGAAAGUGCAUAUCCUGAACUAAACCCAGAAGAAAUUGAUUUGUUUGAGAAGAGGGAAGAUGGUAUUACACAUCUUGAUUAUGCACUUGCUUUACUAAUGAAAUACCGGUGGGAAAUAGCUACUUAUUAUGAUGAAGACAGAGCAGGGAAGAAAGACUUUAUUCUUUCUGAGUAUGAAGAGAAUAUAUUACGAAAGUUAUACAUAGAUAGAAAAUUAGUCAGUAAAGUGCUUAAUUCUAUAAGAGAAAUAACAAAAGAUUAUGAACAGUAUGUUGAUUACUCUUCACUCAUAUCAAAUUAUUCAGUUAUAGACGAAAGAGUGCCUAUAAUUAAAGAUCCAUUAGCAUUCAAUUACAACUAUAAGACAAUUGAUAUUCAUAUGGGUAAAGGCUUAGAAAAAUAUGCUGGUCUGCCUUCUCCUGUAAUCAGAGAUUAUAUUAUACGCCGAGUAGACCUCUAUAAAAACCUUGUGUUUAAUCUUUUGAGCCCAAAGGAAAAUAAAUCUAAUACUGGAAGAUUAAUGAGGCUCUCUCGAAGUGCCUCUAUAAAAAAGAGAUUUACUCGUGCAGUAGUGGGAGUACUCGCAACCGGCGCUGGAUUCUUUAUAGCAAGUUCCCUUCAUUAUAGAUACGGAAGAAACACUAUAAUAGAGAAUUCAGAGAAUGGUGGUAAUACUGAGCCUACCAGCAGUAAUAACUAGGGAGAUGUGAUGGACAAUAAGUCUAACAGCCAUUAGGCAUACGCUUCUUGGGAUUAAUAAAAAUUAAUUGGAC